AUGAGAUGCAUUGAGUUGUUUGCAAAGCAAACAUCAGCCCUGGUCUGGGCCGGUCGGAUCCUCCAGCAGCUGAGUCUGGCAUGGCGUUCAUUGCCUGAGAAAAAGUUCGUGAAGGCAGCGAAUGCCGUGGCAAAGCUGGACCUGGGAAAGGAGCUUUGGGCAAAGCCGCUGAAAGUGGCUUUGGAAGCGUGGCUGCCACGGAUGGACGGCCGACAUCUGGCCAACCUCAAAGCGAUUGCCGUCAUGGAGCUUUUGGAUGAGCCGCAGGCGAUGCACGCAUACCUCGAGCAGUGUGAGAGCCUGCGCAACGACAUCUGGUACUCCCGACACCUGCAAGUGGUUGAGGCCCAUGUCCACCUGCUGUACCCUGAGUUGUGGAACUCCCUGGACGAGCGAAUCCGCCUCUUUCUGCAGACUGUCCGGACUGCCGCAGAGGAGAGCCGUCAGACGCAGGCGCAAGUCGUCCAGGAAAGCUCGGCCUCAGAGAACUCAGAGGACGAGUCAGACGAAGAGGUCCAGGCGGUGCUAGCUCCGACCUUCGACAAGCAGCGCUUCAGUUCCGCCUUGCACGCGGACAUCAGCCGCAUGCUUACGGAGCUGGGCUUGGAGCACAGCAACAAGAUCUCAGCGGGGCCGGUGCUACUGGACAUCGUGCGCCUGGUCGGCGAGCACCUGCCAAGCAUGGUGGUCGUGGAGGCAGCGGCGCCCUGGCAGUACUAUCUGCGCUCCCCACAGAUCACCGCACUCGCGCGGCGCCGUCAGGAGAUGAUCUCAGCAAUGGGGUUCAACCUACAGGUCAUCCCGUAUUUUCGCUGGGACACCCUCAAGGACGAUUCUGCAAAAGCGGAACUUCUGAAGAAGCAGUUGCCCAAGGAGGCUCAAGCUGCAGAUCGUGCGCAAUUUCAUGGCUGCCAGUACAUGCCUGGCCCCACCACCAAGUGGAUGCAGGCGCCCAGGCGGAUCAGGGACAAAGCUCGCACUCCCGCCCUUCGAUUUGAGCUCUUCGCGCAAAAAAUGACAAUGGAGAAGGGCUGUGCAUUUGCAACCUGCGGAGGCCAGCGGAAGUCCGUAGAAUCCUUCACUCGCAAGCCAUCGCGGCUUGCCCCAAUGUCCGUUGCAUCGAGGAUGCAUCGCUUCAAGGCUCUGCAAGAUGUCUUGGCAGCCUUGGUCGUGGACGAAGACGAUGUUGCUGGCGCCGUCCAGGACGUGCCGCGCGACUUGUCACGGGAAGCUAUGGAGCCACAGGUUCCCCGUCUGGUCGGCGCUCGGCAAGUGAUGGCUUCGGAGGUCGCGCUUGCGAGUCUGUCCACGCUACUUCCCGACUCCGUGAUUCAGCAGGCGCUGGCCCUGGUGGACUCCAAGAGCAUCCACUUGGUGACCAGCCAGAUGGGUCGGAAGGCCUACGAGGUACGUGGCCAGAAGGCCUCGCACUUCGUCCUGGCAAGGGGCCUCUACUGCUCUUGUCCAUACUUCGGGCGACGAGUGAUCGAGGCCGGGGAGCUUUGCUGCAAGCAUUGGCUGGCAGUCCAAGUGGCGCAGCGCUGCGGCACCGGGAUCGGCUCCUCCGAAUGCCUGCAGGAAGAUGAGUUUUGCUGCUUGUUGGCGACCUAUGCGGUGAGGUUCUUGGACUGGUCUCGGCAGCGCAUGCUGGGAUGCCAGCCUGCAUGA